GCGAGCCUGAGCCGGAGACCGCCUAGCUGGGCUGCGCGGCGCGCCGGACCCCGAAGGCUGGGGACGCGAGGAUGGGCUGAUGGGCUCCGGACCGCCUGGCCGGGCGCCGCCGUCGAGGAUGCUCUGGGCGGGCGCGCUGCUCCUCUGGGCGGCGCUGUGGUGCUCCGGGGGCGCGCGCAGCUGCCCGCUGCAGCUGCGCGGCUGCAAAUGCGUGGCCGAGAGGCCGAAGGGGCUGGCGCUGCCCAGCGCGGCCAGGAAGAGGGUCAGCUGCAGCGGCGAGGACCUGGGGGAGCCACCGGCGCCGCGCUUCUUGCCCAACGGCACGGUCACCCUGCUUUUGAGCAACAACAAGAUAGCAACCCUGAAGAAUGGCUCUUUCUUCGGACUGCGUGCUCUCGAGAAGCUAGAUCUAAAGAACAACUUGAUUAGCACCAUCCAGCCUGGAGCUUUUCUUGGCCUCUCAAACUUGAAACGUUUGGACCUUUCCAACAACCGCAUCGGCUGUCUCAGCACCAGCAUCUUCCAGGGAUUGGCCAACCUCAUCCGCUUGAAUGUAUCGGGCAAUAUUUUCUCCAGCCUCCAGCAUGGGGUCUUUGACCAACUGCUAUCUCUGAAAGUCGUUGACUUUGCCACUGAAUACCUGACAUGCGACUGCAACAUGCGCUGGGUUCUGCCCUGGUCCAAGAACCGCUCCAUCCAGAUAUCGGACAAGACGCUGUGCAUCUACCCCAGUGCCUUGCACGGGAAGUCAGUGCGCAACACCCGUGAGAGCCAGAUGCGCUGUGAGGGUGCCCCCGAGCUGCACACCCACCAGUUGAUCCCUUCACUGCGGCAAGUUGUCUUCCAAGGCGAUCGCCUCCCCUUCCAGUGUACAGCCACCUAUCUGGACAACAGCACACACAUCUUGUGGCAUCACAACCGUGCCUUGGUCCAAGGGGAUGAACACAGUGGAAUCAUUCUAGAGGAGAGCCUCAUCCAUGACUGCACCUUCAUCACCAGCGAGCUCAUCCUGUCCAACAUCCAUGUCUCAGCCAGUGGCGAAUGGGAGUGCACCCUCUCCACUGCUCAGGGCAACGUUAGCAAGAAGGUGGAGAUCGUUGUGCUGGAGACGUCGGCGUCGUACUGCCCAGCCGAGCGGGUCACCAACAACCGUGGAGACUUCAGAUGGCCACGCACGUUGGCUGGCAUCACUUCCUACCAGUCUUGCCUGCAGUAUCCCUUCACCUCUGGGAAUGGGGGCCCUGGCAUGGAGAAACAAGCAUGGCGACGCUGUGGCCGCACGGGCCACUGGGAGGAAGGGGACUAUUCCCACUGCCUGUAUACCAACGAUAUCACCCGUGUUCUCUACACCUUUGUGCUGAUGCCCAUCAAUGCUUCCAACGCACUGACCUUGGCACACCAACUGCGUGUCUACACAGCGGAAGCCGCAAACUUCUCAGACAUGAUGGAUGUCAUCUAUGUGUCUCAGAUGAUUGAGAAGUUCACUGGUUAUGUGGACCAGAUUAAGCAGCUCACUGAUGUCAUUGUGGAGAUGGCCAGCAACAUGAUGCUGGUGGACGACCAUGUCUUGUGGAUGGCUCAGAUCGAGGACAAGGCCUGCACCAGCAUCGUCCACUCACUGGAGAGGAUUGCCGGAUACACACUUAGCACCAACUCGCAGCACAUUUCUGUGAACUCCAGGAAUAUCGCCUUUGAAGCCUACCUGAUCAAGCCAGAAAGCUACACGGGCCUGAGCUGCACAGCAUUCCAGAAGCGCGAGGUGGUGCUCGGUGGCCGGCCCCCACGCCAGGAGCGAUACAGUGAACCCCUGGCAGACCAGCAGCUGAAGUUCCGGUGCACUACAGGACGGCCCAAUAUCUCACUGGCCAGCUUCCAUGUCAAGAACAGCAUUGCUCUGGCCUCCAUUCAGUUACCUCCUGGCCUCUUCUCCUCACCGGCUCCCUCUCGUCCUCCUCCCACCAAGUGCAAGCUCCAGUUCCUCGUGUUCCGCAACGGCAAGCUCUUCUGCAGCACUGGAAACUCUUCUCAUCUUGCUGACGACGGCAAGCGGCGCAGCGUGGCCACGCCGGUGAUAUAUUCAGGCACACAUGGCUGUGGAGUGAACAACCUCACGGAGCCUGUCAUCCUCUCACUGCGGCAUUUGGGUGAGGGGGCUGACCGCGCAGCCGCUUACUGGGAUUUUGACGUUCUGGCUGGCUAUGGCGGAUGGAGAGCGGAAGGAUGUCAGCUGGUUGGCCUUGAGCUCAAUGUCACCACCGUCAGCUGCCAGCACCUCAGCAACAUUGCUGUCUUGAUGGAACUGAGCAAUUUCCCACGUGAGUCACAGAGCCCAGUCGAGGUGCUGUAUCCCAUCAUUUACACCUGCACAGCCCUCCUCCUUCUCUGCCUUUUUGCCACCAUCAUCACCUAUAUCAUCAACCACAGCACCAUCCGCAUCUCACGGAAAUGCUGGCAUAUGCUGCUAAACCUCUGCUUCCACAUUGCCAUGACAUCUGCCGUGUUUGCAGGCGGCAUCACCCUGACCGACUACCUGGUCAUCUGUCAAGCAGUUGGCAUCAUUCUCCACUACUCUUCCUUGUCGACUCUCCUGUGGAUGGCCGUGAUGGCUCGAGUGAUCUACAAGGAAGCCUCGUGGAAGGCGCCACAGCCGCAGGAAGGGGAAGCAGCCCUGCCAACCCCACGACCCAUGCUACGAUUCUACCUGAUCGCCGGCGGGAUCCCCCUCAUCAUCUGUGGGAUUACAGCAGCUGUCAAUAUCCACAAUUAUGGGGACCACGACUCCUACUGCUGGCUGGCCUGCAGACCAAGCAUUGGGGCAUUCUACGUACCCGUGGCUUUCAUUUUGCUCAUCACCUGGAUUUACUUCCUGUGUGCCGGGAUCAGUUUGCAAUGCCAAGCCAAGAACCCAAAGGAGAUGCCCAGGCCUCUGGAAAGCCCACCACGCCUGGGUGGCAGCAGUAACCUCUUGACCGACUCAGGCUCCAUCUCGGUCACGCUGAACUCUGGCCCACAUGGUGCCGAUACUGAUGGCACCUACUCUCUGGGGGUGCAAUUCUGGGCACUGAUGAUCACCCAUUUCCUGUACAUCACUCUGUGGACCUUCGGGGCCACAGCAGUAUCCCAACGCUGGUUUCUCCUGCGAGUUGUUUUCAGCUGCCUUUAUGGAGUCACUGCCAUCGUGUUGGGUCUUUUUAUCUUCAUUCACCACUGUGCCCGGCGCAGGGACGUGCAGAGUUCCUGGUUCUCCUGCUGCCCAUCUUACAGGAACGCUUUGCCUAUGCAAGCCUACGUGCACCCGGGGGUGGGAGUAGAGGAUGGCUCGCAAGUCUUCAUUGGCUGCAGCCCCGAGGCGGCUCACUCUGUCAAGUCCUCAUCGUCUCCCAGCAGCACUAAUUCUGCCCCAAGUUCCUGCAAGCUCAACAAUCUGCAGGUGGCCCUUGGGCAGGCUGAGAGCAGCCCUCUGCCGACACCCUGUUACGAGGACCCCGAGCCACCCAACAGCAAGAGCAUCCCUGCCCCCAGGUACGCCAACAACCUCCAUGGGCGAAGCAGGCACCACAAAAGCAGGACUAAACAGUACCGGGAAGGGAAACACCAGCGUCUAAAGGCGCUGCGGGGACCUGCCUCGGAACACCCCACCAGCGAGAGUGGGAGCUUCCACAACAGCUUAUCUGAGAGCUACCAAAGCAGUCGGAACAGCCCAUUGAACAAUCGGCGCCAGGAGGUGGUUCCAAACCUGGACUCAGCCCUGACGCAGUCAGACUUGAGUGAUGGGGGUGGAAGCAGUGGUCAUCAAGCGGCGGACUACAGCAGAGCCCAGCGGCGGAGUGUCAGCAGAGACAACCUGAAGCACCAGGCCAACGCUGUGGAAAAAGAGACUAAGAGGAGAUCUUUCCCACUCAAUGUGGCUAACCAGAACGGGGGUCUGAAGGGCAGCAAGUACGAUAUCAACCUCACCAGCACGGAUAGCACGGUGGGCAUGAAAACAGGUCUGUGGAAGAGCGAGACGACAGUGUAGGAAGUCAGGCUGCUACAACUCAGUGGCAGGUUUCCAAGCAGGUAGGAAGCUGUGAGCCAUAGGAAUCUCGGAGCCUGCAAAAGCAAGCUGCAGAGGUAAUUGUUGUGCACUAAAGGGGUCUUGGGCAGUGCUGGCAAGAGCUUGCAGGCUCCUUGCUUGUCUGCUUACAGGACCGAGGAAGGUUCACCUGGUACUAGAGCAGCAGGGGCAGCGUGUGCAUGCCUUAAGAAGUAGGGCACAUUUCCCCACAUCUGACUUUCUAGACGCCAGGUAAUGUUGGUCAAGGAAUCUUCCCCUCUCCAUAGAAUGAGCAGAAGACUCCUCCCUCCCCAAGGUGCCAAGGUUGUCAUGUGAAAGACAAUCAUUGUUCUUGAGCGUCCUGGAGAAUUGCAAUCAAUUUUAAUCCUUCCUGCAUGUCACUUAGAUCCUAGUUGCUUUUGUAUAUCGUACGGAGGGAAGGCAGUGUUUAUAAGCUGAAAUCUCAAGUAUUGUAUGUACAUAUGUAUAGGCAAAUUGCUAUCCAGUGGAAGUGCCUUCGCUUUACGUUAAGCAAUCAGUGUCAUGUCAAGGAGCUCUCCCCUCUCCUUUAGCACUUAACUCAGGGUCCAUUCACAACUUCCUUCCAGCUCAUCUUUGAUGCAGUCAUGGGAUUGCGGCAGCAUCACACCAAAGUAAGAGACAAGGGACCAGAGGAUGUACAAUGGAGUAAUCCUGCCUGCAGAGUGUACACUUGCUUCUUUUUUAUGAGUCUUCUCUAUCUUCAAACAGGCUUUAUAGGUUUUUCAACAUAAACCUACAGAACUUGUGGCCAAGGAUAAUGUGACGAGUGUACAGCAGCUGGCAGACUGCAGCAGUUGCCAUAAAAACCUUUGGUUACCUCCAGCCUCAGAGUCAAAAGGCUCCCCACAAAAGAUCUUAUGAGCAAUGAGGACAUUAGUCCAAGCUCUUGUUUAGAGUAGCAUUAAGAAAGUGGCGAGACUGGAAAGAAAAUGAGAGAAUAUUUCUCAUAUUUUGCAAGGAAAAGCCCCAGAUGGCUUAAAACUCUUCAUCUUUUAAGGAUUGUUUUGCAUUAGACACUUUUCAACACCUCUAUCUCCUUUUUGUAAAAAAAAAAGAUGCAGUCCAUGAUGCUGUGGGUGUUUUGUCAAAUUGUUUAAGAAAUCACGUGCACAAAGCUAUGCUGAAUGUGUAACAUCAAAAAUGAGCUGGUAGUGGCCACGUCCACGUGUCCUGCGGAUUUCUCAAAGGCAAGCUUCCCCAGGAGGUGAGGCACCGCCACUAUUGUCUCUGCAAGUCGGAGGCAUGGUUCUUGCCAAACGGCAAUAAGCAGUGGCCCUCUUUCCACAUUUUGCAACCUAAGGAUAAUCAUUGCACACAUGAAACCUGGGCCUGGUUCACACAUGCAGAGCGCCCCAACUGAGACUGCAAGUGGCAGAUCUUAGAGGAUCACAUUUUGGAAUACUCCUCUAGCAGCUAUUGGGGGGCGACAGUUCCCUGCAAGUAGAAGCGCAGCACAGGAAGCAAAGAAAGGCCAUAGAACUUUUCCCGCCAGUUGUGCUAGAUUGCAGGACUGAUUUGGUUUUACGUGAAGGAACGUUCAAAGCUAGGACUCACCACCUGCCGUCUACAGCAGAGCAGUCCGUUCUGCCACCUCAUCCUUCUGCACGUGAGAAUCAGGCUUUGGUUGUGAGGAUGUUUAAUUUCCCAGUCUGCCUUCCCAAAGAUUUCAGAACAUAAGGAACACUGAGGGAGGGUCCACAUCACAGCAGCAGGGCUUUGCACGCAGAAGACCCCAGGUUCUGUUCCUGGCAUCUCCAAUGAAAAGGAUAACAUAGUUGGUAAUGGGAAAUACCUUUGCCUGAGACCCUGGAGGUCUGCCGCCAGGCUGAGUAGACAGUCCUGACCGUGAAAGACCAGUGGUCUGGCUCAGAAUAAGGCAGCUUCAUGUGUGGGGGUUUAGGACAGCAGGGCAAGUUUGUCCCAAGUAUAGGGCUCAAAUAAGGAGAGGUCUGGCCUCCCCAUCCUUUCAGCAUGAUUGCACAAACCUUUGAACAGAGAUGUGGAGUGACAAGAAUUCUUUUUUCCAAAGGGAAAAAAACUUUAGUUUGGCUACCUUUUUUUUAAACAAAAAGUUAGCCCUCUGGAUGACUAAGUUGCCCAAAGUAAAACCCAUAGCUCAACACAAAGAAAAGGGCCAACUACUUUUUGACUUGUUACAUUUUUUUAAAAAAAUGUAUUAAAAACAAAACCAAGAUAUCUGAGCUAGACCGGCUUCUCCUUGGUGAAAGGUACUGUGCAGAUUGUCUGGCCUGGAAAAAACAGCUGUUGUUGUUUACAUGACACAUUUUGUGGAGGCUGUUGUAAUCUAUACCUGUGAGGAACCAAGGAAGGAAGAGGCAAAUACCUGUCCUUAAUCUGCACCUUGCUGUCUGAAAAAGACUCUUCCUUUUUCUCCUUUCCUCAUUGCUGAUUAACAGCCAGACUGCCUCAUUUGUAGAGGAAAGGGUUCCAGAGGAGGUGUGGUAGUAAUUUAAAGUGACCGUGUGUAAUGAAUUGUCCAGUUGACUCACACUUGAUAAUGCAAAAAUGUUAGCAGCAGAGAGCAAGAGCUAGCCAUACUCUGACUUAAAGGGAGCAACUUCUACAACUGUAGAGGCUCAUGUUAGGGCAACCUGCCCUGAAGAAAUAUUCCCAAGAUCCACCAUGAGGUGUCUUUCAAUGGGAGGCACCUUCUGUGGUGCUAGAAUCCUCCUCCAGUGAUUUGAGAAUAAUCUUGAAGAUCUGCAGGGCCACCCGUGUGGGUCUUUUCUGUAUAACUGGCCAUACCCCACAUGUGGUUAUGAGCCUUUCAGCAUCAUAUGAAUGUUGGAUGAACCGAUGGAAAGAUCACCAUGCCAAUGUUUACAAAGCCCACAUUUGUGGCAGAGCACUCUAGAGAAGUCCAUGAGCAGUUAAGAUUUUGUUGGGAAGCCGUAUUGACUGUAGCCAGAACAAGCUAAAAACCCUUAAGAGCUCUCUCUCUAGCACUGUGAUCCUAUACAGAGUUACACAUUGAUUUCAGAGGGCUUAGACCAGAGUAACUCUGCACAGGAUAGCAAGAUUCAGGUCCAGUAGUACCUCAAAGACUAAGUAGAUUUCCAGGGUAUGAGCUUUUAAGAGUCAAAGCUCCCCUUGUCAGAUACAUUUGGAAGAAGAGAGCUUUGACUCUUGAAAGCUCAUAUGCUGGAAAUCUAGUUGGUCUCUAAGGUACUAUUGGACCCAGCUCUGGCUCUCCUACUGUAGACCAACACAGCUACCCACCUAAAACUAUCUGCGCUGGAUUGCACUGUAACUCUCUUCCAUACUCUCUCUGGUAUGUCUCUCAUAGUAGGAAAGGGCUGCGUUGUCCCGAUGCUUUAGGUUGGAAGUUCUGCCCCUUUUAAUCAGGCAACAGCAGCAGCUUUCAAAACGCAGGUAUAAGAACAAAGCCCUGCUGGAUCAACCUCAUGCUCCAUUUAGCCCAGCGUCCUGUUUUCCAGUAGUGGCCAACCGGAUGCUGACAGGCAGCCUCCCCCCAUUGUUGCCUCUGAAUAUCUGCAGAUCCAUCUUCAAAUGCAGUGUAAACACUUUUCAAGAAAGCUGAUUUUGAGAGACUGGAAACUUCAGUGGAGAAAUGGCAGCAACAGAAAACAGAAUUUCCCUCAACAAUUCUGCCCCCUGCUUACCAGUAUCUGUAUCACAUACAGCAGCAAACAUCCUAGUAGGGAACCUACAAUAACAACUAAUACGCUGACCUAGGGCAGCAUGGCAGGGGUGGGUGGGGAAAGUGGCAUAUAUCUUCCCAGGAAACAGGCACUGCCCCUUCAGCUCUUCAUCCCCUGAAGACGCCUCAUCUGGGGGCAGGCAGGACAAAUGGACUGGGGAACUGCGUAUGCGCAAGUUAAAAAAAAAUUGUGAAAUUGCUUCCAGUGUCUUACUUGUGCUAGUCCAAACAGUGUGCUGUCAUUUAAAAAAAUCAACCAUUCAGUGUUUAUUAAGAGAAGCCCUUGGCUCUGCACAUUGGGCAGAAAAUAAAGGACCUCGCAGACAGGCAGCCAUUUUCAGCCUCUUCGCCUGCACAAAACCUACCUCUGAGGAACUGCAAAGAGCAUGUUUGGCUCGUGGCAGCACAUAAUGCAAGAUUGGCCAGACAAACAUCGGCCAUCACUAGAUCCACACUGGCUCCAAGAGCUGGCAUGGACAGUUGCAGCCAUUAUGGGGUUAAAAGGCACUUAAUCUCCCCAUCCCCCACCACUUUCCAAAAACAGGUCCCUUCCUUUGCACCUUCAAUUGUUUUGACAAGUAUUUCCUAGUGACUCAGUUGAAGUCCUCCAUUUCUCACCCCUUUUCUUACCUUUAUGAAAAUUCCUGCUUGGGUUUAUAAGUUUUGUAUUUAAUAAAGCCUAUGUUGUUAUAUGUCCAUGCUGCAGCCCACAUGAUAUUGGCAAUGCUGAACCUGUUAUAUACGCUUGCUACACUGAAACAGUAUUAAUCAGGAAAGCUUUGUAUUAUUACCCUUCUUUUUCUGUUUACAUUACAAGCCUAUGACAUAUCAAACAGAGAACUGUGCCAAAGAAAGCAUUUAAAGAGUUUCAUCAUUGUGUUUGUUUGCAUUUUAUAUAAAUGAACUGUUUCUAGCAGAUGUUUCUUGUUUUAAUAUAUUAAAAAGAUUUGCAACAUCCAAAA